GGUGGUAUACGUGAUAGGGUGAAAGGGUUCUAUUAGUCAUUUUUGUGCGACGAAUUCUUUUAACUUCCGGGCCAGGGCCCAGAUUGUGUUUGCCGCUACCUCUGGCUGCUGCCAGUGGCGGUAUCGCCAUCAUGUCAGACACGGACAGCGAUGAUGAUUCUACUGGAGGCGGCCCGUUUUCUUUAGCCGGUUUCCUUUUCGGCAACAUAAAUGGAGCCGGGCAGCUGGAGGGAGAAAGCGUCUUGGAUGAUGAGUGCAAAAAGCACCUGGCAGGCCUGGGGGCACUGGGCCUUGGCAGCCUCAUCACCGAACUCACUGCAAAUGAAGAAUUGUCUGGAAGUGAUGGUGCUUUGGUAAAUGAUGAAGGAUGGAUUAGGAGUACAGAAGAUGCUGUAGAUUACUCUGACAUCAACGAAGUGGCAGAAGAUGAAAGCCGAAGACAUCAGCAGGCAAUGGGGAGCUUGCAGCCCCUUUGCCAUCCAGAUUAUGAUGAAGAUGACUAUGAUGCUGAUUGUGAAGACAUUGACUGCAAGUUGAUGCCUCCACCACCACCACCCCUAGGACCCGUAAAGAAGGAGAAGGAUCAGGAUGCUAUUACUGGUGUGUCAGAAGAUGGAGAAGGCAUCAUCUUGCCCUCCAUCAUUGCCCCUUCCUCUUUGGCCUCAGAGAAAGUGGAGUUCAGUAGUUCCUCUGACUCAGAAUCUGAGAUGGGACCUCAAGAAGCAGCACAGGCAGAAUCUGACGAUGGAAAGCUGACCCUCCCAUUGGCCGGGAUUAUGCAGCAUGACGCCACCAAGCUGUUGCCGAGUGUUACAGAACUUUUUCCAGAGUUUCGGCCUGGAAAGGUUUUACGCUUCCUUCGGCUUUUUGGACCAGGAAAGAAUGUCCCAUCUGUUUGGCGGAGUGCUCGGAGAAAGAGGAAAAAAAAGCACCGGGAGCUGAUACAAGAAGAGCAGAUCCAAGAGACAGAGUGCUCAGUAGAAUCAGAAGUUGAGCAGAAGUGUUUAUGGGACUAUGACUACGCUCCGCCACCACCUCCAGAGCAGUGUCUUUCUGAUGAUGAAAUCACAAUGAUGGCUCCUGUGGAGUCCAAGUUUUCUCAGGCAACUGGAGAUAUAGAUAAAGUAACAGAUACCAAACCAAGAGUGGCUGAGUGGCGUUAUGGGCCUGCUCGCCUGUGGUAUGAUAUGCUGGGUGUCCCUGAAGAUGGCAGUGGAUUUGACUAUGGUUUCAAAUUGAAGAAGACUGAACAUGAACCUGUGAUGAAAUGUAGAGUGGUGGAGGACUUGAAAAAACUUGAGGAAAACAAUACUACUGAUCUUCUGGCUGAUGAAAACUUCCUGAUGGUGACCCAGCUGCAUUGGGAAGAUGACAUCAUCUGGGAUGGGGAGGAUGUCAAACACAAAGGGACAAAGCCUCAGCGUGCAAGCUUGGCAGGCUGGCUUCCUUCCAGCAUGACUAGGAAUGCCAUGGCUUACAAUGUUCAGCAAGGUUUUACAGCUACUCUGGAUGAUGACAAACCUUGGUACUCUAUUUUUCCCAUUGACAAUGAAGAUUUGGUAUAUGGACGUUGGGAGGACAAUAUUAUUUGGGAUGCUCAGGCCAUGCCCCGGCUGUUAGAGCCUCCUGUUUUGACACUCGACCCCAAUGAUGAAAAUCUCAUUUUGGAGAUUCCUGAUGAGAAGGAAGAGGCUACCUCUAAUUCCCCUUCCAAGGAAAGUAAGAAAGAAUCAUCUCUGAAGAAGAGCCGAAUCCUUUUAGGGAAAACUGGAGUCAUCAAGGAGGAACCACAGCAGAACAUGUCUCAGCCAGAAGUGAAAGAUCCGUGGAAUCUCUCCAAUGAUGAAUAUUACUAUCCUAAACAACAAGGUCUUCGAGGCACUUUUGGAGGAAAUAUUAUUCAGCACUCAAUUCCUGCUGUGGAAUUACGGCAGCCCUUCUUUCCUACCCAUAUGGGGCCUAUCAAACUGCGACAGUUCCAUCGUCCACCUUUGAAGAAGUACUCCUUUGGAGCACUGUCUCAGCCAGGUCCCCACUCAGUCCAGCCUUUGCUGAAGCACAUCAAAAAGAAGGCCAAGAUGAGAGAACAAGAGAGGCAAGCAUCAGGUGGUGGAGAGAUGUUUUUUAUGCGUACACCUCAGGACCUCACAGGGAAGGAUGGAGAUCUCAUUCUUGCAGAGUACAGUGAGGAAAAUGGACCCUUAAUGAUGCAAGUUGGUAUGGCAACCAAGAUAAAAAACUAUUACAAACGGAAACCUGGAAAAGAUCCUGGAGCCCCAGAUUGUAAAUAUGGGGAAACUGUUUACUGCCAUACAUCUCCUUUCCUGGGCUCUCUCCAUCCUGGCCAAUUAUUGCAGGCCUUUGAGAACAACCUUUUUCGUGCUCCAAUUUAUCUUCAUAAAAUGCCAGAAACUGACUUCUUGAUCAUUCGAACAAGGCAGGGUUAUUAUAUUCGGGAAUUAGUGGAUAUUUUUGUGGUUGGCCAGCAGUGCCCCUUGUUUGAAGUUCCUGGACCUAACUCCAAAAGGGCCAAUACACAUAUUCGAGACUUUCUACAGGUCUUUAUAUACCGCCUGUUCUGGAAAAGCAAAGAUCGACCACGGCGGAUCCGAAUGGAAGAUAUAAAAAAAGCUUUUCCUUCCCAUUCAGAAAGCAGCAUCCGGAAGAGGUUAAAGCUUUGUGCCGACUUCAAACGCACAGGCAUGGACUCCAAUUGGUGGGUGUUGAAGUCUGAUUUUCGUUUACCAACCGAAGAGGAGAUUAGAGCUAUGGUGUCACCAGAGCAGUGCUGUGCUUACUAUAGCAUGAUAGCUGCAGAGCAGCGGCUGAAGGAUGCUGGCUAUGGUGAGAAGUCUUUUUUUGCUCCAGAAGAAGAAAAUGAAGAAGAUUUCCAGAUGAAAAUUGAUGAUGAGGUUCGCACUGCUCCUUGGAAUACAACUAGGGCAUUCAUUGCUGCUAUGAAGGGCAAGUGUCUUCUGGAGGUCACUGGGGUGGCAGAUCCCACAGGAUGUGGUGAAGGAUUCUCCUAUGUGAAGAUUCCAAACAAACCAACACAACAGAAGGAUGAUAAGGAGCCUCAGCCAGUGAAGAAGACAGUGACAGGAACAGAUGCAGACCUUCGUCGCCUUUCUCUGAAAAAUGCCAAGCAGCUUCUGCGUAAAUUUGGUGUGCCAGAAGAAGAGAUUAAAAAGUUGUCCCGCUGGGAAGUGAUUGAUGUGGUGCGCACAAUGUCAACAGAACAGGCCCGUUCUGGAGAAGGACCCAUGAGUAAAUUUGCCCGUGGAUCAAGGUUUUCUGUGGCUGAGCAUCAAGAGCGUUAUAAAGAGGAAUGUCAGCGCAUCUUUGACCUGCAGAACAAAGUUUUGUCUUCAACCGAAGUUUUAUCAACUGACACAGACAGCAGCUCAGCUGAAGACAGUGACUUUGAAGAAAUGGGGAAAAACAUUGAAAACAUGUUACAGAACAAGAAAACUAGCUCUCAGCUGUCACGUGAACGGGAGGAGCAGGAGCGGAAAGAACUUCAGAGGAUGCUACUGGCAGCAGGCUCAGCAGCAUCAGGAAACAGCCACAGAGAUGAUGACACAGCUUCUGUGACUAGCCUAAACUCUUCUGCCACUGGUCGUUGCCUCAAGAUUUAUCGUACAUUUCGAGAUGAAGAAGGAAAAGAAUAUGUGCGCUGUGAGACUGUCCGAAAACCAUCUGUCAUUGAUGCAUAUGUGCGCAUACGGACCACGAAAGAUGAAGAAUUCAUUCGAAAAUUUGCCCUUUUUGAUGAACAGCAUCGAGAAGAGAUGCGAAAAGAACGGCGGAGGAUUCAAGAGCAACUUAGGCGCCUUAAGAGGAACCAGGAGAAGGAGAAGCUUAAGGGUCCUCCUGAGAAAAAGCCCAAAAAAAUGAAGGAGCGUCCUGAUCUAAAACUGAAAUGCGGUGCCUGUGGUGCAAUUGGGCACAUGAGGACAAACAAAUUUUGUCCUCUUUAUUAUCAAACAAAUGCUCCACCCUCCAACCCUGUUGCCAUGACUGAGGAGCAAGAGGAGGAGUUGGAAAAGACAGUCAUUCAUAAUGAUAAUGAAGAACUUAUCAAGGUUGAAGGGACCAAGAUUGUCUUGGGGAAACAGCUAAUUGAGAGCGCGGAUGAGGUUCGCAGAAAGUCACUGGUUCUGAAGUUCCCUAAACAGCAGCUUCCUCCCAAGAAGAAACGGCGGGUUGGAACCACUGUUCACUGUGACUAUCUGAAUAAACCUCAUAAGUCCAUCCACCGGCGCCGGACAGAUCCUAUGGUGACAUUGUCAUCCAUCUUGGAGUCGAUCAUAAAUGACAUGAGAGAUCUUCCAAAUACCUACCCUUUUCACACUCCAGUCAAUGCCAAAGUUGUGAAGGAUUACUACAAAAUCAUCACUCGACCAAUGGACCUACAAACACUCCGUGAAAACGUACGCAAACGCCUCUACCCAUCUAGGGAAGAAUUCAGAGAGCAUUUGGAGCUAAUUGUGAAAAAUAGUGCCACCUAUAAUGGGCCAAAGCACUCAUUGACCCAGAUAUCUCAGUCCAUGCUGGAUCUCUGUGAUGAGAAACUCAAAGAGAAAGAAGACAAAUUAGCUCGCUUAGAGAAAGCUAUCAAUCCCUUGCUGGAUGAUGAUGAUCAAGUGGCGUUUUCCUUCAUUCUGGACAACAUUGUCACACAGAAAAUGAUGGCAGUUCCAGAUUCUUGGCCAUUUCAUCACCCAGUUAAUAAGAAGUUUGUUCCAGAUUACUACAAAGUGAUUGUAAACCCAAUGGAUCUCGAAACUAUUCGUAAAAAUAUCUCCAAACACAAGUACCAGAGUCGGGAGAGCUUUCUAGACGACGUAAACCUUAUUCUGGCAAAUAGUGUUAAGUAUAAUGGGCCUGAGAGUCAGUAUACUAAGACUGCUCAGGAAAUUGUGAACGUCUGUUACCAGACAUUGACUGAGUAUGAUGAGCACUUGACUCAACUUGAGAAGGAUAUUUGUACGGCUAAAGAAGCAGCUUUGGAGGAAGCAGAAUUAGAAAGCCUGGACCCUAUGACUCCUGGGCCCUACACACCUCAGCCUCCUGAUUUGUAUGAUACCAGCACAUCCCUCAGUAUGUCUCGAGAUGCCUCUGUAUAUCAAGAUGAGAGCAAUAUUUCUGUCCUGGAUAUUUCCACUGCUACUGCAGAAAAGCCAGUAAUUCAGGAAUCUGAAAAUGGAGAUGGCGAUCUUGCAGAUGAAGAGGAGAGAACUGUGCAACACUCUCAAGCCAGUGUCCUAUAUGAGGAUUUGCUUAUGUCUGAAGGAGAAGAUGAUGAGGAAGAUGCUGGAAGUGAUGAGGAAGGAGAUAAUCCUUUCUCUGCUAUCCAGCUGAGUGAGAGUGGAAGUGACUCUGAUGUGGGAUCUGGUGGUGUAAGACCUAAACAGCCCCGUGUGCUUCAGGAGAACACAAGAAUGGGCAUGGAAAAUGAAGAAAGCAUGAUGUCCUAUGAGGGAGACGGUGGGGAGGCUUCCCAUGGUUUGGAGGAUAGCAACAUCAGUUAUGGGAGCUAUGAGGAGCCUGACCCCAAGUCGAACACCCAAGACACAAGCUUCAGCAGCAUCGGUGGGUAUGAGGUAUCAGAGGAGGAAGACGAGGAGGAGGAGGAAGAGCAGCGCUCUGGGCCGAGUGUACUAAGCCAGGUCCACCUCUCAGAGGACGAGGAGGACAGUGAGGAGUUCCACUCCAAUGCUGGGGACAGUGACUUGGACUCUGAUGAAUGAGGCUUCCUUUGGGCCUCCUUGGUCAGCCUUUCCUGUUCUCCAGCCUAGGUGGUUCACCAUUCCCCAAUUUAAUUUGUUUCUAUUUGUAUGCUGUCUGAUCCUGAAAUCACUAGAAUAACUAACACCUUUAGCCUUUAAAAAAUAGUGAGUAACUAGGAAUAAAUCAUCUCUCCUGGUCUGGGACAAUGUUACCCUCUGAUCAAAACAAAGCAACUCCCUUCCCCCUACCACUACCAGAUAGAAAACAAGCUCGUUCUUCGUUGUCUUCCUUUAACUUCAUUUGUUGCUCUUGAUCUAAUUUUCCUCUGGGAAGGAGAAAUUAUAAAAGGACUAAUUAUGUCCUCUUGAUGUGUUAGGAAUUUCCUAGCAUAAUAUCAUCUCAGUUUUCUAAUUUGCAGGCUGAAUAAGUGAGAGUUCCCCUGCUGGGACAGAGAAUUGGGAUCUGGGAGGCUCUGUGCCACAUUUAACAGACCUGCUGGACAAACUACCGUUAUUUUGUGAUUUAUUUGAUUAUGCAAUGCCUUGUUCCUAAAUGAAUUUGAGGCAAAUGACUAUAGAUUUUUGAAACCAACUAUAUGUCAGAAGCAAUAUGUGGUCUUAUAAUAAAUGUGUUCUGUCCCCCACCCACCCAGGGGAAAUAAUAGGAAAAUGGUAAGUUCCUUAGGACAAAAUGGUAAGUUUCUUUUCAUGCUUGGGAUAUGGUUCUGUGCAUAGUAGGUACUCAGCAAAUGUUCCUAAAGCAUUGGUUCCUCAACAGUUAAAUUACUGAGUACCUGCUCCAAGAUAAACACUCCAUCAGAUCCUUUGGAUGGAAAGGUAACUCAAAACAUGUAAAUGAAUUACUGCAAUACUGUGAGAUAAGUACAAUUAAGAAGCUAGCUAUAAAGUAUAGGGGUAAAUAGAGAAGUGAUUAUGUCUUGAAAAAAGUUGGGAAGUCUUGUCUUCUAGAGAUCAUUUUUAAGCUGAUUGUUGGAAGAAUUAGGGACUUGCCAGAUGGAAAAGUCCAGGCAGAAUGUAACACAAAGUGAAAAGGCCAAAAUCUAGGAAUGACAGAGUGUGUUCCUAGUUUGUUUGUUUGUUUGUUUGUACUGCCUUUGUUUCAGGAAGAAUUUAAGGUAAUUUAUGUUCCAGUCUUUUCAUACUGGAGUGGUUAGAGAUGAGACUCAAAGAUGGCAGGAAGUAUAUUAUCAAGAGUUUUGUAAUUGAUGCUUGAAUAUGAAUUUUAUAUAAUGGAAAACGAACCCAAGAGGACUGAUAAUCAGAUUUGUUGUGAAUUUUCUGUAUAUUGAAUGAAUGAAGAUAGAAAUUGAAGA